AUGGCACAGGAUUUCUUACUCAACGGAAGCAUUCAGCCCAACCUUGCGCCUCGCCCUGGAAAUGUAUCCGACACAGAAAAAGUCCUAGAUUUCGACCCCUACAAUUAUACAGGCGCCCGCUGGCUCCUAAAAGACAACGUUCAGCGCCGGCUCCGGUACAUCAACUUCGACUUCAACGAAUUGAGCGAGAAAGUCCUGGCGCUAUCAGAUGCCAAGUCCAUUACGAACUGCGAGAAGAUAGAAGGCAGCAACCACCGAGUGUUCACCUUCACUCUCGAUAACGGUAAUUGCACUAUAGCGCGACUCCCAUUCAAAGUCGCGGGUCCGCCCAGUCUAACCACUGCCUCCGAAGUGGCUACAAUCAGAUACCUUCAACAAAAAACAAAUAUCCCAAUACCAAAAAUACUCGACUGGAGCGCCGAUGCCUCCAACAACAUCGGGAGCGAGUACAUCAUCUCAGAGCACGCACCUGGUACAAACCUCUACUGGAAAUGGCCCGACAUGACAGAUGACCAGAGAGUAAAAUGCAUAGAGAACAUUUACCAAAUACUCAAGGAAGUAGUUGCAUUGGACUUUCCCAUGUACGGAAGCAUCUACUUCGCCAAUACAUUAACGUACCCAACCCACGCCCUCGACGACAAAUUCUGCAUCGGACCUCAUUGCGGAGAGCGAUACUGGGAGUGUGGAACAACCAAAUUCUACCACCAUCAUGGAUCUCCUACUCCAGAACCAUGUAUGCCCUCAACCCCCAACCAAACCGAGCCAGUCUUAACUCCUACAGUGCCUGACAUGCUAGCAUACGCCAACGCACAAAUCAACGCCGGCCUCGCCCUCCUUCCACCAAGAACACCAGACCCAGACCUAACCCCGCAACCAACCUACCAAGGCUCUAUCAUCCAACACAUAAAACUGCUCGAAGCCGCCCGAGGCGUCCUACACGCCAUAUCCCAAGAUCCACAACUCAAACCCCAAAGCACACCAACACUCCUACCAGACGUACAAAAACGCAACAUCCUCAUCUCAGACUCAGACCCAUCCGUGGUAACAGCCAUCCUCGACUGGAACGGAGCUGCCAUCGAACCCGCAUUCCGGUAUGCGAGCGCGACGCCUGAUUUCGCGCAUCGCGCAGCAGGGAGACCCGUUCCCAACGGAGCGGUACUUGAAAAGCGGAUCCAUGCGGAAGAGGAGGAUGCGGAGCGAGGAAGAGACGAAUUGUGCGCGGAGGCAUUUCGGGACGCUAUUCGGGAUAUACCGAGGCUGAACGAGCCGAGAGACAUGCAUGAGAACAUCUUCCGUCUCUACUGGGUGUGUGCGGAUACGUGGUCGCGGGGAAUACCGAGUCUACACCAUGAACUUGUUGAAUUGAGGAAGGAUUGGAAGGGUCUUGGGUUCAAUGGGACGUGUCCGUAUCCGGAGCCGAGUGGGGAGGAGAUCAAGGUGCAUGAGAAGGAGUAUGAGGAGAUGAAAGCGGUGGUUGGGUUGAAGGAGGUGUUGUGUACUACUUUGAACGUGGAGGUUGAUGGGUGGUUGAUUGAGGAGAAUUGGGAUGUUAUGCAGGAGGUUCACAAAGAUCUUUAUGGGAAGGCUUUGAACGAGUUUAUGAAUGCGGAGCUUGAGGAGGGGGAGGAGAGGAUCGGGGAGAGGGAGGUUAGGGCUAUGUGGCCGUUUGAUGUUCCUGUUUAA